AUGGGUAAAGAUUCUGGUGCUUCAACAGCUUUGGCUACUGUUGGUACUGUUUUUUGGUGUAUUCAGUUGAUUCCUCAAAUAUGGUAUAAUUGGAAGAAAAAAGAUUGUACUGGUUUACCUCCAUUAAUGAUGUUUUUAUGGGUGUUUUCAGGUAUACCAUUUGCAAUUUAUUUUUGUAUUACAGCUCCAAAUGUCAUCUUACAGAUUCAGCCACAUUUGUUUAUGGUAUUUUGUGGGAUCAGUUUUGUUCAAAGUUUAUAUUAUCCACCAACGAAGCUUGCAAAACGUAAGAUUAUUUUAAUUACAGCUUCACUUAUUCUAUUUGAUAUAGGUACUGAAGUUGGUUUCAUCAUUUGGUUACGUCCACUUUAUGCCAAAGGUGUCAAAUGGCCAGCUUUGGUCUUUGGUAUAAUAGCCUCUGUGUUACUUGCUGUUGGCUUACUGCCCCCUUAUUUCGAACUUGCUAAAAGACAAGGUCGUGUAGUGGGUAUUAACUUUUUAUUCCUAACUUUAGACAGUUUAGGUGCAUACUUCUCGAUUGCUAGUGUUGCAGUAGGAGAAAUAGAUGUGUUAGGUAUUAUUCUAUACGCUUUGAUUGCAGGUUUAGAAUUAGGUAUCUUCUUAUCCCACUUCAUUUGGUGUUGUCGUUUCAAAUGGUUUACUAAGGAUAAAUUCGAAGAAGAAGAUCAACAAUUAGAAGGAUCUGAAUCGGUUUCUGAAUUCGUAGAAGAACAAUUCAUAGAUAAAGAAAACAAUAAACUAAAUCAAGAGAAAGGAAUUUGGAAAGAUCAAACGAAAACAGAUGACAAUGAAACCCAAGAAAUAACAUAUUUGGCAAAUGAAGACCCACAUAUGUUCAGAUCAGUACAUGGUGUGAACAUACAAAAGAAUAUAAAGGACCCAAAGGAAUCAUUCUUGGAAGAAAUCAAAACUAUGACCACUGAUUAA